AUGUUUGGAGGAUUCGUCGCGUUUACGGUGUCAUCGAUGCUACUCGGCAUCCUGAUCGUACCCGUGCCUGCCCAGCUCGAUGGUAGCUUCUGGUGGAUGAACUCCAACCUCAUCAAGCAGGCAGAAGCGCUACGGGAAUCGAAAGAUGUCAAAGCGAUCGUAAUAAGCAAGGAUUCGGAGCUGGACGAGGUACGCGUUGGAGGAAACUCACUGAUCGACAGUGAUUCACCGGAUUGCAUAUGCGUACCGUUGAACCGUUGCCGCAAUCAACCGACCGGAAGGGAUGGUUUAUGCGGUCCGGAAAGUGUUUGCUGUCGACGGGCACAGAUAAUACCUCUUGAAUCAACUACUUCUUCGACAACCUUCACACCACCGACGACUAGCAUUUCCUCAACAAAACUAGAACCGGUCGAUAGCUUGGUUUUCGAUUCUGAUCCGGCACCUCCGAACCUGCCAACGGCCAUUCCAUUUCAACCGGUUUUAUUGAACGAAACGGAGCAUGAUCCGAGCCUGUUACUUGAGCUAUCCAAUCUAUUGCUAAGCCACAGCCUGGUGGAUACAUUCGAGCCGAUCGAUAGCAAUUCAUUGCCAGUUGAUAAAGUAGCUACAGAUGAAACACCGCAGACUGUAAGUUCAACUACACCUAGAAUACAUCCAACUGGAAGCUCCUUCAAUGCUAGUCGUGCGGCAAAUCAUUGUGGAAGACGGCAGCACUCAAUAAGCAGUCGAAUAUUCUUCCAAGAUGAGGAUGGCGAUCACUUAAGUCAGGUCCCGUCCGGGACGGUGGGAUUUAGUGAAUUUCCCUGGACCGUGGCUGUGUAUCAACUUAUAAGGAAUGGAUCCUUCGUUUACCAUUGUGGAGGAGCUCUGCUGAACCGAAGCGUCGUCAUAACGGCAGCACAUUGUGUGUCAAACAAUCGAUUGCAUCCGAAUCGUUUCGUCGUGCAUGCUGGUGACUGGGAUCGAAGACACACCCAGGAACGGCUUCCACACCAGGAGCGGACUGUAAGUCGAAUCGUGGUUCAUCCCGACUAUUACUCCGGUGCCCUGUUCAACGAUAUCGCUCUUCUAUUCUUCAACGAACCUUUCAACGACACUCUCCUGAACGUGGAACCGGUGUGUCUUGGCGGGUCUGAAGCUACCUUAACGCAUGAAAAUUGCUUCGUGACUGGAUGGGGUGGCUCUCCCAAAAGUAAUCGUCCGCAAAGCAUUCAACAAUUCAACAAACUUUCAAUUCUUGAGCGGUCCCUUUGCGAGACCCGGUUACAGAGGCAACCAACGCUGGGUUCCAAAUUUAAGCUUCAUCAAAACUUCAUUUGUGCUCAAGGUAACGGCACUGACGUGUGUCAAGGAUCGGGCGGUAGUCCGUUUGCAUGCGAACGGAACGGUCACUACUAUCUGCUGGGGAUCGUUUCAUGGGGAAUUGGAUGUGGCGAUGGAAUUCCGGCAGUACUGACCAACGUGGCGAACCUGAGCUCAUGGAUCGUUUCUCAGAAAGCACUUGUAUAAGCGUUAUUUCUCGCAAUGUCGACUUUCACCAAAAUU